UCGCCACAGCUACUUCCCCUGUUGUGAUCUUCUGUUAAGGAGGUUGAAAACUAUGUUCUAGUUGGCGGGAAAUGACACAUCAACAUGGAAAACUGGACGAUCUCUAGGGCUUCCUUUUAUGGAGAAAGUCUGAAAAGGAAAAAUCUGAGGCUUGUGGAGGAGAAAGUGGAGAAACGAGUGAAGGAGUUUAAAAAAUAUCCUUUACCAGAAAAAUAUCAGAACAGAAUAACUGGGCCUUCAACAGGCUGGGAAUCCUUCUUCAGACAGCAGGAGGCUUUUUCUUACGCUAGGUCUAGAUUUAAAGACCUACAUGUGUUUGCCUUUGAGAGUGACUUCUUUGACAAAGGUCAAGGGCAGAGGAUGUAUGUUGCUGUCAGUUACCCCGUAUUCUGGCACACAUAUAGUCAGCUUGCCCCAAAUCAAAGGCAUCAUUAUGAAGUUAUUCCAGAAGGGUCAGUGUGUAAGUUGUAUUUUGACCUGGAAUUUACUUGGAAGUUUAACCCAGACCGUGACGGAUCAUCCAUGACCAGCUUACUUAUACAGUAUGUGUGCUGUUGGAUGAAGCAUAUCUAUAAAAGAGAUUGCCCAAAGGAGCAGGUGAUUGAGCUGGAUGCAAGCACAGAUUCAAAAUUCAGCCGACACCUGAUCUUCCAGUUGCCAGCUGCAGCAUUUAAAGACAACAGACAUGCAGGUAAUUUUGUGUCGUAUAUUUUUGGAAAGUUGUCCAAGUACUUGAGGCAUGAUUACUUUGGUUUGGAAUGUGAUGAUGACACUGAGGAAGAGCAAAAGCCAGAAACACAGAACUUUGGCAUUGAAAUUGAUGACAAAAACUCAGAUGAAGAAAGAAAAACUGUUUGUCUCCUUGAUAAGAGGAUAACUGUACAGAAUGGGACAAAGAAUAUGACUCCAGAAAAAGCGAAGGAACAUCCAAAGGAUAUAGCUCCUCCCACCAGUGAAGACAAAUUCUCCCAGAUCAUUGACAGCUUUGGGCUGACUGAUCUUCACACACUUUUUGUGAAAAACAAACAUGGGGAAACCAUAUUGUUCUGUGAUACAGGAGUGUACACCAAAAACAGAAAUUUUCGGCUAUUUUUGUCCAGCAAGUUGAAGAAGAACAAUCCAUUGGUUGUCUCCCCUGAUAACACAUAUGGGAAGUCAGAACAGCUCACUCAGGAGCAGUUAUUCAUGGAUUGCUUGAUCAGUAAUGUGCAAUACAGCAGCAAAUUGAAGAUUCUGACAUUUGAAACUCAGAACGGGUCACAAAACAGGCAGCUAUUUUAUAGUCAGAAUACAGACAGAUCAGUGGCAUCACAGAAAGGCUUCCUUGAAGGUUACCAGAAAUCACCCUACCCAGAGAUUGAUGACUUCAUCAGUGGCCAGCUGAGUCAGGAUGGGGUGAGAGGCGCAAUCCGACACUGGACCUACUUCAGCCAGGGGGAGCUGUUGGUCUACGACAUCGCCCACUACAGGUGGUGUGACAACGUGCAGCGCCACCACAAGAGUAACAACAUCAUGUUUAUAGCAGACCUGUUGCAGGGUGUGUACUAUCAGAAGUGCCAUGACCCGGAGUGUCGCUCUCAGAACUACAAGUCGGCAGAUCGACCCCUUCCUGAUUAUGUCCUUCCAGCUUAUUACUUUAGGGAUGAUGAAGACCACAGCAUAUUCCAGGAGUCUGGUGAUGGUACCCCUAAGGUUGGGGAUGGUAUGGAAGAGGUGCGUCAAGGGGGUAAAGUGAAUAAUACUGUGGACGAGCAGAUUGAUGCGUCUGCAAACCUCGCUGAUGCUUCAGUCAAGCAGCAUCAAAGGGAAAUCAAUGAUGGUGAAGUAAGCAUUGAAAAUGUUGGGACUGUAAACAGAGGUGAAGAACACAUGGCCAAGAGAAAUGAGGCAAUGCUGGAGAACAGUGAAGCAAUGGUAGAGCAUAAAAGGAUAAUACAGGAUCACAAGCAAGGAGUGCUGAAGCACAAAGAAGCAAUCUUGGACCACAGUGAUGCAGUUCUGAAAGCAAAUGAUGCAGUGCUGAAGCAAAGAACUAAACAUCAUACUGUUGGAAGGGAUUACGGAGAUGAAAGGAAGGAUGAUGUGACAUUGGCAAAACAGAAAGAUAGCCAUGAUCAGAUGACUGAUGCCUGUGGACUGUGGAAUGAUGGCCUCAGUGAUGAUGAAGAGCUGGUCACGUCAGUUCUGCUGGCUGAAGAACAAAUGGGAGAUACAAACUUAUGGAAAGGGGAGAACUCAGACAUGACCGACUCAGAAUUAAUGGCUGCUGUUCAGAUGGUUAUACAAUCAUAAUAGGUAUUGACUAACUGAAUUAUCAGUCAGGUUUGUUAAGGGAUAUUUUUUAUUUUCUUUAAUGAAAUGUUAAUUGUUAUGGAGAUUUGUUAAGAGUAUAUUGCAUGAGAGACAAGCUGGCCAUAAAUGUGGCCUGGGAAUGACCCAAAAAGUCUGUUUCAUGAAUAUUUCAGUUUGUAUAUUGGUAUCUCUUAGUCACAAAUUUAAUGAAAUUUUACAUAUGUAGAGU